UUUAGAAAUUUUUCUACGAUAAUAACCCCAAUUUUCAUGAAAGUUAACCUAACACUUUGUUUUUGUAAAAGUACGUGUAAAAAAGUUUGUACUCUUGAAAUCCGAACCUCGCCGAAUAAAAGCUAUACACCUGGAGGCCUGGCUACCAAUCAGUAACAAUGGCGGGCUGUUCGAAAUGGCUGUUGUUUCGUGAGAAAACAAAAAUGAUUUAUUUACAGUUCUUUUGAUUUUAUGAAGAUUUGAGUCCAUAAAGGUCGAGGAAGUGAAAAUGAAUUUUUCAGAAUUAUUCAAGCAAUCGGGUCAGCUCUGUAAGCUCUCGCCAAAUGGGAAAUUUAUGGCUACCUGUGUUCAAUACCGACUUAUUAUCAGAGAUGUGAAAACACUCCAGAUUCUGCAACUUUACACAUGCUUGGAUAAUAUACAAUUUAUAGAGUGGUCAUCAGAUUCUUUAUAUGUGCUCUGUGCAAUGUUCAAGAGAAGCCUGAUUCAGGUGUGGUCAUUAGAAAAGCCAGACUGGACAUGCAAAAUAGAUGAAGGUUCUGCGGGCCUGGUAGCAGCGAGGUGGAGCCCGGAUGGUCGCCAUGUGCUGUCUACCGCUGAUUUCCAGAUAAGGAUAACAGUUUGGUCUCUUAUCAGUAAAUCAGUCAGCUACAUCCGCUACCCCAAGCAUGCUUAUGAAGGCCUUGACUUUAGCAAAGAUGGCAAAUAUAUGGCUCUGGCAGAGAGAAGGAACUGCAAGGAUUUUGUCAGCAUAUUUGCCUGUGACUCCUGGAAGUUACUCAAGCACUUUGAAGCUGAGACAAGUGACCUGGCCGAUCUUGCCUGGUCACCAGAUGGUCAAGUUCUUUGUCUGUGGGAUCAUGUUGUCAAUUAUACUCUCUACCUCUAUUCCCUGGACGGUCGUCAGAUUGCUUCCUACAGUGCUUACCAACUUGCUUUGGGUAUUAAAUCUGUGUGCUGGUCCCCUUCAAGUCAAUUCCUGGCCAUUGGAAGCUUUGACCAAAAGUGUCGAGUACUAAAUCACAUCACCUGGAAAGUUGUAGCUGAGCAUUCCCAUCCAUCAUGUGUGGAUAACCCAACUGUGGUUGUGUACAGAGAAACAGAGGUGAAACCACCACAGCUAAGAGGAGAGCUGUUGAAUCCAGGUGGCGGCUUCUCUCUACAAAGCAAAUACCAAGUAGAACAGGUUCCAGUCCAGGUCCCCUCAGUCAAACUUGACCCAGAGAAGCACAGCCCAAAGUUAGGGGUGGGAUAUGUGUCAUUUAGUGCAGAUAGCCGCUACAUGGCGACUAAGAAUGAUAACAUGCCUAAUGCCUUGUGGAUCUGGGACAUGCCUAAUCUUACCCUGGCGGUGUUGCUUCUGCAAGCUCAACCAAUCAGAGUCAUUGCGUGGGACCCGCUCCAGUCUCGACUAGCUAUGUGCACCAACAACAACAAACUGUAUAUGUGGUCUCCCGCUGGGUGUGUUUCCGUUGUCAUCCCUUCAGAAACUCCGUUCAAUGCGACGUCGUUGUCCUGGCAUCCUGACGGUAACAGCCUCGUAUUGAUGAGCAAAGAUCACAUGUGCCUGUGUUUUCUGUCAGACCCUCGAACGUAGCCCAUCCAGUCAGACCCUCGAACGUAGCCCAUCCUGUCAGACCCCCGAACGUAGCCCAUCCUGUCAGACCCUCGAACGUAGCCCCUCCUGUCAGACCCUCGAACGUAGCCCCUCCUGUCCGACCCUCGAACGUAGCCCCUCCUGUCAGACCCUCGAACGUAGCCUCUCCUGUCAGACCCUCGAACGUAGCCCAUCCUGUCAGGCCCAAGGAGAUCGUAUCCGAAACAAUAAUCUUAUGGAUAACCCCUCAAUAAUAUGAGAGCCCUUAAGCAAAAAGAAAGGCGAAGGCAGAAGCAGAAAACAAUAGAAGACACAAAGAGCCAGACGCGUGAGAUGCCCCCUGAGGUGGACUCUGUCCGAUACAUUUCAGCGUUUUCCUCCAAACUACUACGUGAAAACUCCAAGGCCCUAUCUCGUCAUGUCACUCGAUGACACUCAUCACCUGAUCAGUUGUCGCUUAAACAGCCUCUGUCAGUCGCCAUUAUACCAUCCUAGCAAAGUACCAAGUAGGAGAAAGCAUCCAUUUCGACCGGAUGAUUUGGGGAAGCUGUUACAAUAUUUUCGAGUGAAUUUGGAAAACAAAGCAUAAGAUGUUAUUUUCAGGCGAUAAUUAGGAAAUUUCUUAAUUUGUCUUCUAAAUUUGGCUGAGAACAAUUGACAAGUAUGUGGCUGAUAAGGUCUCUUUAUCUACAGCAGUAGGGUAUGCGUCUAAGUAUGUUAUAUCGAGAGGGUGUUGUAAAUAGGAAUUUAACAUUUACCUUAUGUUACUGGUAGGUAUAAGACAUCGUCAGGAAUGAAGUGCUUUGAGGUUAUGCAUGAAGAACUUAAAGUCUGUCAUGAAAUAAGGUAGUACAGUAGACAUAUUGUUUGCAAUUUUUAUUUGACACAACUAACGAUGAAUAAAUAAUCUCAUAUUGAAAAAAAAAAUUAAUUUGAAAUUAUAUAUUUAAAUUUACGGCAA